AUUUUUUAAUUUUCGAUCGUGCGGUUCGUUGCGCGCGCUCGUUUGGUUGUUGGUUGAAAAAAAAUCGUAUUUACGAACUGUUUGUCAUCAAAAGUUAACAACAAAAACGAAUUGCUGUGGCUUCGCGUGUGCCCUUCGUAUCGUGUAUUUACCGUUAGUUUGAAAGUGAAAAAAACGUGCAAAAAGGAAUAAACAAAUUCAAUGAAACAUAAACAAAAUAAGUGCUCAAAAUCGUGUGACACACUUAAGGCCCUGGCCAACGCCUGGCUUUUGACGGACGGACGGGCGGCGCUCGUCUCCACUAAUUGCUGACACAAAUAAUUUCACUAACUGGCGGAACAUAAGAAAAGUGAAGAAGAAAGAAGAAAAAAAACGACGCAAAAAGAGAGCAAAAUUGAAUUUACGAUCCGCAUCAAAGUCAAGUCACUCUGUCACGGUGUCGCGCUGCUCGACUUUAACUAAUUUAAUGAUCAAAAGUAAUACAAUUUUUUUGGCGCACUCCGUGCACUGUGUUCGGUGUUAAUUGAAAGUGUCACGCUUCGUCUAAAUUAUAAUUCCCCCCAAUCGACUGGAGCGUCAUUGUAUCUCUUGUAUGAGUGUCUGUGUGUGGAGUGCAACCUGUGUGCAACGUCCACAAUGUGGCCGAGAGAAGUGGCUCAAAGUGAAAUAAUGUGCCGAAUUGUGUGGCUAGCAUUAAUGGUCUCGGGGGCGGCCCAGGCGGCGACACCCUUUGCAAAGGAGUACCGCAGCGCGGGUCUCUUCAAGGGCAACACCCUCGUCGAUUUGGAUGGAUCCACCACCCUGGACAUGGCCAUGGAGAAGCCAACGAGCAGCAGUGGUCUCCAGACGGCAGGCUUCAAAGCGGAAUCGUCGGUGAUUCUGCCGGGCAUCCAUUUAAGUUCAGGCUGCCCCGCAUCGACGAGCUCCCACUGCCUGCGCUGCAACAAGGCCGGCUGCAUCAAGUGCCCCAUGUACCUGGUGACCGACACACGCCAGUGCGUGGAUCAAUGCCCCGCCGGCUACCUGGAUCAGUGGUCAGCGCACACAGAGUUCAUGGGUCGCGUCUGUGUGCCCAAUGGCUACUCUGGACCGCUGAUGGCCGCCCUGGCUGGUCUACUUGGUGGCUUUCUCGUGUGCCUCUCCCUGCUGGCCGUGGCCGUGAUGCUGGUGCGACGCAAGCGGCGUAGGAAGUCCGUCAAGCAGAAGCUCAUCAAUGAGAACACCAUGGACCGGGCGGACUUUAUGCGGCAGCUGAACGAGAUGCGUCCCAAUGCGGAGUACUUUCUGGCCAUGCUGAACGACACCCGGCGUCAGAUCCGCAAGCUCUACUUGUCCGGCGAGGUGGCGGCGGCCAAUUCGUACCGCCCUAUUGUACGGGACUUGGCCAAGCUGCUGAUUCUGCUGAAUCGUCCCAUCGAGCUGAUUCCCACGCCGCCGCACGACUGGUCGCGGCUGCACGCCUGGUCGGAGCAGGCCCUGGAGCGGUACAAGCCGCAGGUGGGCCAACUGAUUGACUUCUUCCAGGCCUCGCAUGGCGGCGUUGGCGGGCUGCGUGGCGGCCACCAGGAGGUGCUCUAUGCAGCGCCCAACAAAAAGUCGCAGGCGAGCAUCUUCAGGCACCAGCAGGUGACUCCAGUGUCGUCGGCGCCCCAGGGGGUGGCCGGGGAUCUGCUGGCGGGCGAUCGCAACAGCAGCGCAUCCGCACAGCAGAAGCUGCAUCUGUUCGGAUCGCUGAUCAGCCUGCACGAGUUCGAGGAGCCGCGCGCCUCGGAUCCCUUUGGCAGCAGCUUCAAUACGCUGAAGAGCGGCAAUCUCAUUUCAGAUCUCAAUGCCAGCUCGCUCUGGCUGGAGGAUGAGUUCUACAAGCUGGGCUUUCGACCGCAGGACGAGAUCACCACAGAGCUGUAGAGGCGCUGCAGCAGCGCACACGCUCAAAUCGCUCAAAAGAAGUAUUAAUCCUGGCUGACGACGCUACACGGUUCAUGUCUAGCGUCUGCUUCAGCUGUGGGGAGGUAGCAGCAUUUGCGUGCACAUUCCGCCAGGCCAUCAACACAAAGCUUCAUCAUCAUCAUCGUCAUCAUUGAUCAUCGAACAAGCAAACUGAGACGCCAUUUAGCUGCAGUCGCUAAAUGUCCACGUUUAGUUUAGUUAAAUCAGUUAAGCAAGCAUAAAAACUAGUCACGUAAAAUCACAAAAGAAACAAAACACAAAACAAAAACGAUGCCUGCACGAGGAGGAGGAGGAGGAGGAGGAGUGUGGAGGCGAAUGGAAAAGCAAAUGGAAAUCGCGUGGAAAAUGAAUUUAGUUUUUAUAGAUUUUACAAAAAUCGCAAACUUCAUGUAACGAACAAUAUUCAAUAUACUACCAUAUACGAUAUAGAUAGAGAUACCAUUCAGAUAAAGAUAAUGAUAAUGAUUAAAGUAAAGAUAUUUAGCUGUAGUUUCUAUGGUAUGCUUAUAGCUAGAGCCUACGCCUAAAUAGACAGAGAUUAUAAUGCUUAGUGAAUACAAAAUGGAAAAUAAAUUCAUGUGCCUAAAGA